AUGCAACGUACACCUCCGCAAAAGAUAAAGUGUAUGUCAAGCCCAGAUCUGCACCGUGAAAUCGAUUCUACCAAUAACUUCGUUACUUGUAGAAAGCGCAAAGAAAUGGACGACAUAUCCGAACGUAGUACGAUAUUUUCCAAUAUUAUCUUAUACGAAAAAUACAUAGAAAAAUUAGUGACAAACUCGGUGCGCUCUGUUUUGUCUGCUGAGCUCACCAAAAUAACGGAUGCCUUAACUAACAUUCAAUUGGCCGUAGCCGGUAUAAUUUCAGAUAUGACAGCUUUAAAAAUUCGUUACUGGAAGUUAACAAUAAGCUUAUGGAUAUCGAUAACACACUAUGUUCCUCUGAGUUACGUCAAGAUUCAUUUGACGCUCGUAUUUCUCGGUUUCGAUUUCUUGAUUGAAUCCGGUUUCGGAGCGGAAUGCUGGUCUGGAAAAUAA